AUGCGAGCUAGGCGCUCGUCCAAUCCUUCCUGCGAAUCAUUUUUUGCCUCCAAGUGCCUGAAAGAAAAAUUCGAAUCGGAACCAGUGGGAAGCUUGGCAACCAAACAGCGCACCUUGAGCCGCGGCGGCUCGCGAGGAUUUAAAACUCUCCCGUCUGUCGAGAAGACAAUUGGAGAGGAACCGGAGUUGUCCGCGACACUAGGACCGCAAAAAGCAUCUUCUAAACAACUCGAAAAACAGCACACGACUCUUCAAGAAAUGAAGAUACAGCGAAGCGGCAGCCGUGUGAAUCCUGUGGCUAAGGUGGAAUCGAAAGGAGACGUCUCAACCGGAACAGUGCCCCUGUCGAGAGCACGCAUUUCAACGGCCAGACGGACUCCGGAGCUUCUCCUCCGACCUCACUGCGAGACUUGCGGAGCGAAUGAGUGCCUGAGGCCGAAGCUUGACGAACGCUGUCACUGCGCUGCAUGCAUCGGCUUAAAGGACAGCGAGUGUGAAUCCCCACGAAUGAAGGCAAGGAUUGCAAACAAACCUUCCUGUCAAAGCUUCUACGCUUCGAAGUUUCUCAAGCACCCAGCAGGCUCAACGAAAUCCAAGCUGCCCGCUCGACGGAACUCUGGAGAGAGCACCCGCGGAAAUAAUAUAACGACUCUCGAAGAUGAAUGCUGUUCUCCUCGCCAUUCUCCGAGCAGUCGACUCAACGCGUCCUCGACAAUAAAGCCGAUGUUGCUCCCAAUCCUGUCUAAGAGCCGAGGCCGGCGUGACACUGUUGGAGACGCUCAAAUGCCGAAGAAAUUGAAGACAAACGGAGAAGUCACGUUAGAGGCGUAA